CCCGAGCAGACACACACACACAUUAGGAGACCGCCCACCGCAGACAGCUAAGACCCCCGUAUAGAUUUAAAGAGAGACUGCAUUCAGAGCCUGACGUUCAUUCAAUAGAGCGAUCAUAAGCAGGCUGGCUGGUGCUCGCUCCGUCUCCCUACUCCCCUUCACGCUGUUCCUGUGUCUCUCUCACUCCCUGCUACGUUGAGGAUGUUAAAUCAGAGGAUCCACCCGGGCAUGCUCGUACUCCUGAUGUUUCUCUACCACUUCAUGGAGGAUCACACAGCGCAGGCUGGGAACUGCUGGCUCCGGCAGGCGCGGAACGGCCGCUGCCAGGUCCUCUACAAGACCGACCUCAGCAAAGAGGAGUGCUGCAAGAGCGGUCGCCUGACGACCUCGUGGACGGAGGAAGACGUCAACGACAACACGCUCUUUAAGUGGAUGAUUUUUAAUGGGGGAGCCCCUAACUGCAUCCCGUGCAAAGAAACAUGUGAGAACGUGGACUGUGGACCUGGGAAGAAAUGUAAAAUGAACAAGAAGAACAAACCUCGGUGUGUUUGUGCUCCGGAUUGCUCUAAUAUCACUUGGAAGGGCCCUGUGUGUGGCUUAGAUGGGAAAACCUACAGGAACGAGUGUGCCCUUCUCAAAGCCAGAUGUAAAGAACAGCCCGAACUUGAAGUCCAAUAUCAGGGCAAGUGCAAAAAGACCUGUAGGGAUGUUUUAUGCCCAGGCAGCUCCACGUGUGUGGUGGAUCAAACUAAUAACGCCUAUUGUGUGACAUGCAAUCGAAUUUGCCCUGAGCCUACUUCCCCUGAGCAGUAUCUCUGUGGGAAUGAUGGCAUAACUUAUGCCAGUGCCUGCCACCUGAGAAAAGCGACCUGCCUGCUGGGCAGAUCCAUUGGAUUAGCCUACGAGGGAAAAUGCAUCAAAGCGAAGUCCUGUGAAGAUAUUCAGUGCAGUGCUGGGAAGAAAUGCUUGUGGGAUUUUAAGGUUGGCAGAGGUCGAUGUGCCCUCUGUGAUGAGCUCUGCCCUGAAAGCAAGUCAGACGAGGCAGUCUGUGCCAGUGAUAACACGACUUAUCCGAGCGAGUGUGCCAUGAAAGAGGCAGCCUGCUCCAUGGGCGUGCUUCUAGAAGUAAAGCACUCUGGAUCUUGCAACUCCAUUAAUGAAGACCCAGAGGAAGAAGAGGAAGAUGAAGACCAGGACUACAGCUUUCCUAUAUCUUCCAUUCUAGAGUGGUAAAACUUCCAUCACUAUUGGGACAGCCAUUGGGCACAAAAUCAAUGUCCAUACUGUAAAUAAGUGUAUGCUUAUUUAUUUUGGGGAGAAAAAAAAAAAAAAGUAUACAUAUAGUUGAGUCUCGUAGACAUUUAUUUAUACUGUGUCAUGUUUUAUAAUUUAUACAUAAAAUGUCUGGUUGACUGUACACCUUGUUUUUUGAAGAAGUUUAUUCGUUACGGGAAGAGCAGUGUUAUUUAUUGUGAGGUCUCUUGCUUGUAAAGUAAAGCUUUUCUUUUUUCUUGUGAACUAUGAAAGUCCAUUCCUUAAAACUUACCUAAAAAGAUGGUUUCAUCUUUUUGUUUUAUUGGGGUUAUCUUUUUUCCACUUUAAAAAACUUGCAUGUUGGUUUCUGUUAUGUUUAUUUAUUGGAUUUUCUUCUUGCCGGUUCUGUACAUAAAAGAUCCCUCGGGUUUUUGUUUACAAGGAAUCUUGACUGACCAAAAGGCGUUGUAACUGACUUAAAUAUACUUCUAGGGUGCAGCGAGGCGAUCUUUAAGGAAACUUCUCCCACUUUUCUUUUCUCUGCUUCUGAUCACAUCAUGUCCUGAUGUGAUCUCAAUGUGCUCAGCAUAUAUACUGUACCAUAAGAAUUCCAGACCCAAAGAAAUGGGAUUAUGAAGGUUGUUAAUAGCUACAGGGCUCACUGUAAUAAGAAUAAGGGUUUUAUUUUAUUUUUAUUCUCUUUUGUAAAAUGCGUGUUUAUCAGGUGUUUCCUUUAAGAUGGUCUUGCAGUACAACCUUCAAAGUUUUGUUUUCCCAAUCAGCGUGUCACUAAAAGUUAUAUCAAAGCUUUAUCAGUUCAAGUUUCUUGCUUUUCAUAAUACUUUUUUUUUUUCUGAUGCAAUUUUAUAUUUUCAAACAUGGCGAGUUAAAUAUAAAUUCAUUUAAAUAUAUAGUUUUGUACUUUUCUACCAUGUAAAUGUGCAAUGUAUAUAAAAGUUAUAAUGUGUAUUUGUAA